GUAGAAAAUUCCAAAGAUGCUUGUGAUGGAAUAUGGAGAUUUAAUGGCGGACAAAAUAUUCCUUGAGGUUCCAGAUGGUGCAGUUUGGCCAGUAAAACUGACUAGGCCCUGCAACGGAGAGAUUUGGCUGCAAAAGGGAUGGCCAGAAUUCGCGAAAUUUUACUCCCUGAAGCAUGGUUGCUUGUUAUUCUUCAGAUAUGGAGGGGAACAUUCCCAUUUCAGAGUUCGCAUUUUCAUGAGAAAUACUCUAGAGAUGAAGUAUUUCAGUUCAAGCACUGAUGAUGAAGCUGAAGGCAAUUCCAAUCCAAGUAGUGAAACCGAAGGUCAAGGAAAUAAGCAUGACAGGGAUUUAGCAUUGAGAACUUUUGCGAAGACAGAACUUGAAGAUUUAGCAUACUCAAAAGCUUUAAGCUUCAAAUCUAACAAUCCAUUUUUGUGUGAUGAAAAUGCAUCUAUCAUACUUAUCAACUCACCUGCCAAUAAGUGUACCAUUUGCCAACAAACAGAUAUGUGCAAGAGGUGUUUCAUUGCUGCAGAUCUCAAAUGAUGAGAGAUCUUGGGCAGUCAAGUGCAUUACCACUGUAUACAAGGGGAGGUCAAGAACAAGAUUCCACAAUUUUGGUUGGGGGCCAUUUGUGAAGGACAAUCAUUUGGAAGAAGGUGAUGCCUGUGUGCUUGAGCUUAUAACUAAGGGCCCUGCUAUAAGGUAGCUUAUGAGUGAUAUGUUGUUUCUAUCUUAUAUGCAAGACCUCUUUUUUUUUUUUUUUUUUUUUUUUUUUU